CGACAUCUGCAUUCCAUAUCCUCGACCAUGUAAUCCCAUCCCACUAUUCCUACCGUCGAUAUGUCGACCUGGGGCUUCGAGGCGUUGGACGAUUGGGAAGGCGACUUCGGAGGAGGUGUGGAGGAGCCAGAUGGCAGCCGGAUCCGUGAAUCUCAUCACGAUGGGAAUGAACAUGUCGCCCCGACGGCUUAUGCUCACGACACGCCGCCACCCCUACCCCGCUCCUCUCCAACAUUGUCUUCCGCGCCUGCACGACACUCACUUCGGCACGACGAGUUCUUUCCAGACGCGAGCCGCGAGCAAACAGAACAGCUCGAGCCGCUGCCAUACCUGCAAUUCGAGCGAGCGCCUCUGCCUGCCUUCAACCUCGACCAAGACGAGCCGCCCGCAGGCCCCACCGAAGCUUCCACACCCACCUCGCUCGAUUCGCACGAAUUCGUCACACUCGAGGACACCGAUUCUGAAGACGACAACGAAGAAGUAAUGGCACGCCGUCUGCGUGCUCGCCGCUCGAGCGUCGUAGAUCUUACAGAAACCUCUCCACCAGCACCAACGCGCCAAACAAAACGCAAGCGAUCAACAGAUGCCACGGCAUCGGGCAGUGAUGGGUGUGCCAAACGUAGGCGUGCAUCAGGAGGUGAGAUAGAGGAGAUCGACCUGGCAAACGAGGCACCGUCAGCAGAAGAGGAGCUAUUGCAAGCUCAACAACAAGAAGCCAUCAGAGCACAGCAGCAGGCUUCUGAUGAUUCGAUGCCUCAGAAGAUUGGGCGUAGGCAGUGCAUCAUCUGUCUGGAGAACUUCACGAAUUGCACUGCAACCGCAUGCGGACACUUCUUCUGCCACGAGUGUUUGCAUCAAGCUCUCGUUGCGGCUGCGAGGACCAACGACAGAGGCCAUGGCAGUUGUCCCGUCUGUCGCAAGAACCUUUCACACAAGAAGAAGGCGGAUAUGAUACCCAUCUCUUUCAUGACGAAGAAGCACUACGAUAUGCACUACAAGGACAAGCAAAGGGCAUAGGCCACGAAUCUUGCCUUCUGAGAGCCCCUUGGACGAUGGCUACCUGGGAAGCAGGAAUGUACAUCCAUGCAAGAACAGGAAUCUGCGACAUGUCCAACAUCACCACGGGCCACGCGUUCCGAUUGACGUCUGGUUGAAAUGCUUGAGCGAGGAGUUUGAGGCGUGUUUGAAUUACAAAAUCGGGUUUCAGGCCAUGGGAAAACAGGAUGAUGCAUGCUACAAAUGAUACCCUUUCACGCUUGCAUGUUUUAAUAGAAGCUGUCUGGUGGAGCUCUAGCACCACGAAGUUGGAGGCCAAGCUUUGGGGUCAAGCUGCCGUGCAGCUGGCACUGCCUCCACAAACCAGGACAGCGUGAGAUCUGUUCCUGUUACAAGAUCUACGUACACAGCGCAAUGACAGACGGGUGCGUUGAAGAUCUCUCUGUCUGUG